UUUGCAGGAGACCAUACGGAGUGACAGGGAUUGAACCCAGGUUGGCUGUGUGCAAUGCAAGCCCCUACCCGCUGUACUAUUACUCUGGUCCCUAAGCAUGAAUGUUUUUACUCUGGCAUUACCUUAUAUCUAAUGUAGUCCUUAUACUUUACAGAGGUCAUGGCCACAAAAUGAAACAAAACACUUGCUGAACCCAAACUGCCUUGGAGUCAGAACAAGUUAGAAAUGAGUAUAAGGACAAGUAUUGUACAUAUAAACACAGUUUAUCAGUCAGUCAAAAAUCACAUAAAGGAUCACGCAGGUAGGGGUGAGCUUAAGGGCCAAUGUUUAAAGGCGAGGUUUAGGGGCCAUGCUAGAGAAGCUGGGAGCACUAACCAACCAGUGCGGUGGGUACCAUGAAGGAAGCUAUGCAGACUUCAGAAUUCUUGAAGAUUCUGAAAGUUGAACUUGUCAGAAAGCACAGGAAAGCCACUUAGUUCACCUCAGGUCACUACUGCUUGAACUAUAAUUCUACAGUUUCCCAACAUCCUUCAGGAUGAUCAGCAUAUGGGUCACUGAGUUACCUCCUGAUCACCUCGUUAUCAAAUACAGCUGUGAUGGAGAGACUGAGACCAGAAGCUUAUGUAAGCCAUGUAACACACAAGAAUUAUAAUGGAUAACUGAGAAAAUAACGUAUGAUCUCCACGGCUAUCCAAACGUACGACGGCGAUCUGCAAGGCUUCAAGAUUCCUAAAGCCCUUUGUUCAGGUUCAUAAGGAGAAAACUGGACUGUUGAAAAUCCGUUCUUAGAACAAUUUCACACUCAGAUCUUUUGGAGCACACCCAAUUUCCAUAGCGAUUGCAUAAAGUACACCAGCACAGCAGAAAUCAAUGCAUGUGGAAUUAGGCCAGCCCGAAUCCUCAGCCUAAGUCAAAAGAGGCGGUCACAAUAUCCAUGCUUUUGCACCCAGCUCCGAAUGAAAGUCGUCCCCGGCUUGCAGACACCCUAGCUGUUUAAAGGUCUCAUCACCAAGUCACGGCUUUGAAGCCGGACCCGCCGAUCUUGGGGGGUACAGCCCCGCAAGAUCUUAACACCACUGAGGUUAUGGAGAAGGGGAAGAUAAAUCAAAAGAUAUUUCUAAAAACAUAGAUCUCUUUUGAUUUCAUGUGUUUGGAUACCUGAAGAUUAUUGAAGACUGCUUUUUGGAAUCAAACAGAAUGGAUCCCAGUAGUGACUACCAUUUCCUCAACCAGAUUUUAUGGAGAAGAGUGAAGCUUACAUUGGUUUGUGGCGUCUUUGAAGGGGUGCUCCAGCACGUGGACCCUAACAAGAUCAUUGUCCUGAAAAAAGUGAAGAAUGUGGAGACUGGUCGAAGCACCCCAGGAGUGAAGAUGUUUUUUGGGCAUGAGAUUGUAAAUGUGGAAUUACUAGAUGAAGAGGAACAAGUGAGAGAAAAGGCAUCUUCUGUCAGUCUUAAGACAGAAAAAACUGGGAUGAAGAAUGUGAAAAAUGAAGACCAAAAUGUCUGUCAGACUGCUUCUCCUGUCCCAGAGGUAUCCAUCCCAUCUCUACUGAAUGACUUUAAGUAUAGUCCAUCUGAGGAAGAAGAGGUAACCUACACGGUCAUCGAUCAGUUCCAGCAGAAAUUUGGUGCUGCAAUGCUCCACAUCAAGAAGCAGAGUGUCCUGAGUGUGGCAGCUGAAGGAGCCAAUGUGUGUCGGCAUGGGAAACUCUGCUGGCUUCAGGUGGCCACCAAUAGCCGGGUUUAUUUAUUUGACAUUUUCCUUCUGGGAAGUCGUGCUUUCAACAAUGGACUUCAGAUGGUAUUAGAAGAUAAAAGAAUUCUAAAGGUCAUCCAUGACUGCCGCUGGCUUUCUGAUUGCCUCUCUCAUCAGUAUGGAAUUUUGCUGAAUAAUGUCUUUGACACACAGGUUGCAGAUGUCCUUCAAUUUUCCAUGGAAACAGGUGGCUAUCUUCCAAAUAGCAUCAGUACCUUGCAGGAGAGCUUAAUCAGGCACCUUAAAGUAGCCCCUAAAUAUCUCUCCUUCCUGGAAGAGAGACAAAAUUUGAUUCAGGAAAAUCCUGAAGUGUGGUUCAUGCGACCUCUUUCACCCUCAUUGCUAAAAAUUUUGGCCCUGGAAGCUACCUAUCUGCUUCCCCUUCGCCUGGUACUCCUGGAUGAGAUGAUGUCCGACCUGACCACCCUGGUGGAUGGCUACCUGAACACCUACCGCGAAGGCCCUGCCGAACGCCUUGGGGUCACAGAGCCUACGUGUAUGGAGCUUCCAGAGGAACUACUUCAGCUCAAGAACUUCCAGAAGCAGCGCAGAGAGAGAGCUGUGCAAGAAUAUGAGGUGAAUGCACAAGGACUCUUAAUAAGGACUGUGCUACACCCAAAGAAAGCAGUGACAGAGACCUUGGGGAAAGAGGAAAGAGUGAGGGGCUUCUUGCUUUGUAAAAACUCCAUGCUAGACAAAACUCAAAGUUUUAUGUCUCCCGAGGAUGCCGAUUUGCUGAAAGGAGAAUCUAAGAGUAAGCUGCCUCCAGCAGAGGAAGGAGACCCCAGGGAAGAGGCCACUAAUAAGCUCACUCCUCCUGAGUCUGAGGGGCUGGAGGAUCUGAGUCUACCCCAAGAAGAAAACCUGAAGAUAUCCAAGCAUGAAUUUCAGACAAGUUUAUCUUUAAAACAGGAGAUAGAACAGUUACUGACAGCAGAAAACAAGGAAAAUGGGAAAUGCACCAAGCAAGAUGUGUCCAGGACUUUUCCCCUUCCUCUGGAAACUAGAGGGUCUCCAAAGGACAUCUUCCCUCCUUUCAGAGAAGCUUUGCUUUCCACACUUCCUCCCUGUCCCGCCCUGGAGAAGACAGAUUCCUGGAUGCCUCCUUCAAAUCUUCCCUAGAAAUCUGCUGCCUGUUCUUGAGGUCACAGAGGUGGCCCAUUUCCCGGCCUUUGUGGCCUUCCAGAUUUGUUCUCCAUUAGCCACAGGCUUCCGGGGAAAUUGCGUCCACUUGCUGCUUACUGCUAUAUUCUUGGAAUUCGAUUGGAAUGGGAAUUAAGAAGUUAAAGAAGAAAUAAGUUUUCUGAUUAUGUCACUGCGCAAAAAUGUUCCCAGUGGCCAGAGUGAAUUAUUUCUCAUAAAUUGGGUCUAGAGGAUUUCAAAAGGGAAAAUCUUGUUUAGUGUCUGCAAGAAUCUAUAUUUUAACAUUUUAGUUAAAAUGUGGGGUUUAUUUUUCAGUUUGAAGGGGGUUAGAACGACUCUCACAAGUUUUAAAAAAUUAUAAGCUGUAACUUUUCCCAUACUUUUUUUCCUUUUAAAAAUAUUGACACCUAUUUGUCGAUUAUAUCUCAAUAAAGCUGAGUACAUAUUGUUUA